AUGCAAGAAUAUUUUCUAUCUAAAUACCAAGAACUUAAAUCUGGAGGCGAAGCAAAAAUCGAUCCUAGCCCGAGGGAUGCAAAUCCAAAUCCCAUUAAAGAUUUUGCUAAUGAAACAAAUAAUAGUAAAAAUUCUAUUGAACACCUUAAGGAACUAAACAAAAAACUUUCGAGGCAGGUUGAAGACCUAAAGUUAGAAAAUAAGGAGAUUUUGAAACUAAAUAUUGAACUGAAAAAGACAGUCACUGGCGAAUUUUCGAAUAUAACAUUGGGUAUUUUUUUGUAUUUAGAUCAAUUUAAAAAUUUGAAAACAUACAAUGCACAAAUCCCACAGGAAGAUGUAAAGGCAGGUGCAGUACUUAAGGAUCAGGUGCAUUUAGGAAGGGGUGUAUACAUAAGCAAAGCCUGCUAUAACGAUGCCUGGUUCAGGAGUACUUCCGGCAGUCAUUUCGUUAAAACCAUCGCGUUGUACGUUUUCGGUUCACAAACGCUCAUGAAUUCUUCCGUAACGGGAAAGUCGAGCAAUAAUCACAAAAAAGCUCAACAGAAACCUGCCCUUGACUCCACAAAACUAUACUACCUUUCUGAAAAGCAUCCAGAUAAGAACGUGCCAGCCGAAAUAAAACUAAUAAAAACCUAUAUCGCUAAUAAGAUAAGUGACCUCAACAGGACAACUCUUCGCCAGAAAAAAAAAGGAACAAAUAAUACAGGAUCAGAUGAUGAAGAAACGCGAUCAGUUGAUCAUGGAGAAAGAAAUGAGACAGAGGAGCAAGAGAAUGACAUAGAUACAGAUAAAAGCAGGGAAGAAGGAGUAUCUGAUAAUUCUGAUUAA